UCGAUAUCCUCCACCCACUGUAUUAAUUAAAAAUUAAAAUUAAAAAAAUCAGAGCGUGUCGAAGGUGCAUCUCGAAGAGAGGGGAUCCCUCUCUCUCUCUCUCUCUCUUUCUCUCUCGCGUUUUGGGAUCGAAAAUUCGAUCUCGGUACUUCAAGGUAGCUAAAAGCGCUUCUUACGGAAGCUGUGGAACGAAGUGAUUUGGUCGUGAUCGAUCGGUGUUCGUAUUGAUUUGGAGGAGAGAGAGAGAGAGAGAUCAUGGGAAAAUUGCUUGGGAAUUGAGGUUGAAUUCGAUAAUGGAAGGAGGAGGAGGAGGAGGAGGAGGAGGGGAUUUGAUCGAGAUCAAGUUUAGGAUCUUCGAUGGCACCGACAUCGGGCCGAGCAAAUUGGAUCCGGCCACAACGGUGGCGUCUCUGAAAGAGAUCGUGCUCGCUCAAUGGCCACAAGGCAAAGAAAUAGCGCCAAAAAUGAUAAAUGAUAUCAAGCUGAUAAAUGCGGGGAGAAUAUUGGAGAACAAUAGGACUCUUGCUGAGUCCACAGUUCCAGUUGGGGAGCCCUCCGGUGGUGUUAUCACUAUGCACGUCGUCGUGCGUCCUCCCCAAUUUGAUAAAGAAAAUGAGAAAGAGCUAAAGAAGCUACCCAAGCAGAAUCGAUGUUCAUGCACCAUUGUGUAAUUGCAGAUUAUAGUUUUAAAGAGGAAUAGACCCUUGAGGUUAGUAUUGCCCUUGUUCUGUUCCUUGUGUGGGUGUCACUUCCGCAUGCAAUUGCAGGUUCGUAAAGCUUCACUUGAUAGUCUUUGUUUUCAUGACAGAAGUUCUGUUCAUGGCUCGGGUUUUGGUAUUCAACCUAUUGUGCGAUAGGAAUCAGAAAAUAUGUGGCUGUCUUAAUUGCAAUGAUAAAAUAUGAUCAUUUUUUGUAUGUUGAUAAAUAUGAUGUUAUGACUUUGGUGAUUCAUUUUCAAAGAUUUGUUGUGUUCUUAGCAACUUCCAUGUUUUCUAUCAGUUAGGUAUGUGGGACAGUAAAGUCAAAUAUCUUACAUGGAUGAAUGCUGAAAAUUAGGUUGCGGGGAAUA